AUGACUCAGUUUCUAUGGAUUCAGCAGCCCAAAACAAACGAUGACUCGGGCAGCACAGGAAAGAACUCACAGUCUAAAGCUCCUGUAAUAGGAGUCACAGGGACCUUUGCAAUGAUGGGAGGGCCAGGGGACGACGCACCGAGCACAGGAGGAGUAGUACAGACUACAAAAAAAGGUAUCAUUUUGAACCCACAACCCUCGAAAAGCAAACGCGACCCUUUAAAUUGGCCUGUUUGGCGUCGUGAUACUGCGCUUUUUGUCGUGGGCUGGCACUGCUUUGUUGGAGGAGGCCAGACGUCGAUCCUUGCAGCCGGGUCCAAAGGUUUGGCACUGGAGUUUCAUCGUUCGCUGAGCGAUAUUUCUUAUUUGGUAGGUGGCAUGAUGCUUGCUUUAGCGCUGGGGUCAAUCAUAGCCUCCCCAUGUGCUGUAAUAUUCGGUAAAAGGAUUGUUUACUUAGUUGGGAUCAUCAUUUUCUUUUUUGGUAGCAUAGGCUGCGCAGUAUCCCAAAACUAUGAAAGUUUGUUAGCUUCUAGGAUUGUUUCGGGGCUAGGUGUUUCUACCAUUGAAUCUCUCCCAUCUGCUACUGUUGCAGAGAUCUAUUUUGCCCACGAAAGAGCCUAUAGACUAGGGUUCUACACCCUAUUGCUCCUGGGAGGCAAGAACCUUGUUCCUCUACUCGCAUCAUUCGUUUUUGAAUACCUCGAUAGACAUUGGUUAUUUUGGAUUGUUACCAUAAUAGUUGGUGUGAACUUUAUGCUUCAUGUUCUUUUCGUCCCAGAAACUUUCUGGGAUAGAACGCCGGUUCCAAACGAGAGAUCGAUACGAGAGACUGCAAUAGCGCGUGCUGCAGACGGAGCCCGCGAUGUCGCAAUUUCCGGUUACUCAGCACCAAAAUUUCAAGGUGAAGAAGAUGCUAGUCUCUCUAAAAGUCUUUCCCCGGAGCUGUUGAAAUCUGUUACGCCUACUCAAUCUCAUCGUUAUCUUUCAAGGGUGAGAACAAAGAUAAAGUGCAGUAACAUAGCUCAGUCCCAUCUGGUGACAGGUCUAGGAAUUUUCCAUGGAAGACACUCUGUUGACAAGUGGAUCAUGGUUAUGUUACGCCCCUUUGUUUUGUUCUGCUAUCCAGCUGUUCUCUUUGGGGCGUUCCUUUACUCAUUAGCGAUCGUUUGGCUGAUCAUGGUUGCUCAGAUAAUCAAUACAGUUUAUGGAAACCCUCCCUACAGUUUCAGUUCCAUUCAAAUUGGAUUGGUUUACGUCUCACCAUUUGUUGGUAGCAUCCUUGGCUCUUUAUGUGCUGGCCCAUUAAGCGACAAAAUGGUAAGGCACUUUGCCAAAAAGAGCUGCGGUAUUUACGAGCCUGAGUUCAGGCUUUUUAUGGUCCUCCCCGCUGGCUUGUCCACAGCCUUAGGUCUAAUGGGUUUCGGCUGGUCUGCGCAGGCUCAUGAUGCAUGGAUCGCUCCUACUAUAUUUUUGGGUGUUGUGGGAUUUGGAUCUUCAUUAGCCAGUACAACGGCUAUAACUUUUACUGUUGACUCGUACAAAUGCUACGCUCAGGAAGCGCUGGUGACUCUAAAUGUACUCAAAAAUGUCAUGGGGUUUGCAUUUUCCUUUUUCAAUACAAAGUUCAACGUAAAGAGCGGCUACAAGACAACAUUUAUCGUUUAUGGCUGUGUUGAAUUAAUUGUGUGCCUCUUUGCUAUCCCGCUAUACCACUACGGAAAGAGAGCAAGACGAUGGACGGACAGUAAAGGGCUGCUGGACUUUUCUUAUGUCAAGAAAAACCAUUCAAGAGGCUCGACAGGUGAUAGACAUAUGGAAGAUAGUUAUCAAAGCUAA